AUGAAAAAUGCUUCUUCUUCUUCUUAUCAUUUCUGCGGAGCGAAGUUAAUGCCAUGGCAUAAAAUUGAUGUGACUGUGGUGAUGCACCUCGCAGUGGUGGUGAUGUGUGGCUCCUUCAAUCCUAUGCACGUUGCACACAUUGCAAUGUACGAAGCAGCCUGUGAUACUCUUCUGAAUAAGAAGUAUAAUGAUAAUUCUGAGAAGAAAGAAGCAUCAGUAUCAAGAAAAAAUGAUUCAAAGAUAGUAGUAGUGGGUGGAUUUGUUUCUCCGGUGAAUGAUCACUACAAAAAAGAAGAACUUCGUCCUUUUGCUCAGCGUUCAGCUAUAUGUGCGGCUUCACUCCGAGAACAUCCAUCUCUUGCGCUUGAUGAGUGGGAAGGUCUUCAACCGAACUAUGUGCGAACAUUCUAUGUACUGGAGCAUCUGCAAGAGUCUGUACAGAGAUGGUAUGAGACGGAUGCUAGUCCAAACGAGGAACAACUGGCGUGGGUGCGCCAACAUCCUGUGCGUGUUGUCUUUCUUUGCGGAGGUGAUCUCUUCUCUUCUUUUCUACGUCCCGGCUGUUGGCCGUUGGAACUUCUACGGAAACUUCUUGACAGUUUUGACGUCCUCGUUGUGAGACGUGCGGGAUCAGCGGGUUGUGCGGAGAUGAUGCGGCAGCAGAAGAAUGGAUCUGUGCUGUGCGAGUCUGUGGGAGAGGCGGACACCGACAAUACUACCAUCAACAGCAACAACAACAACAACAAUAAUAAUAAUAAUAAGGUGCUUUCACUUGAUUUAGUGGCAUACCAUUUCUUAGAGGCUGAAAUAUUUGCGAAUACCAUCUCUUCAUCUAUGAUACGAGAGAUUCUAAUGGAUAAUCCUAAUGCAGAUUUACGUGGUCUUGUUGUUGAAGGAGCUGAAACUCUUGUUCGUGCGUACUACACUGAUGGCACUCUUUAG